AGUAUCCCACUCUGCCCCCAUUACGUGCUUACUCCCCCACAUUCGCACACUCCGUAACCCAGUGUAAGCAAAAACCUGGAUUGGGCUUGAGCAGCACUUGUAGACGCGUCCUUCUGUGUUGCAGACACCAUGACCAUCCGCUCGUUAGACCUUGUAGCACCGAAUGGAGGCCUCAACAGAAGCUCUGUUAGUCAAUUAAAAGGAAAAGUCCUCGGAAUUGAUGCUACUUACUUUCUGUUUCAAGUGUUUGGACUCUGGAAACACAGUGAAUCGUCGUAUCUGGCUUGUACGGAGGAGUCUGAGCAGCUCAAGUCUAUCCUGAAAAAUUAUCUGGAAGCAUUCCGGAACAACGAUAUACAACCCCUGUUCAUCUUUAAUGGAAUCUCGUGUAUAACAAAUUGCGUGAGACCAAACGAGUCCUCUGCCGCAGAGAGUGCUGCGGGUGUCAACGGAGCCUGGAACAGAGACGACCAAAAGUUUGACCCAUACAGCUUGGCUUCCUUGACCGUGUCGUUUCUGUCCUCGUCCACUCAGUCUGCCUACUAUUCUUCGUCUGCAUCAUCAGGAGCAAAUCAUCCUUCUAGCCGUACUUUUGUCCGUACCGUGCAGCAAAACCAAUUGGAGUAUGCGUGUGAACUCUUAAAGCAGGUGCUAGAUGAACAAAACUGCACGUUCUUCGUCGCUCCGUACCUUGCUAUGGCACAGUUGUGCUACUUUCUGCAGGGAGCCCCCAAAAAAUACAUCGACGCUGUUUACGGACCCGAAGACUUGCUCCUGUUUGGCGUGAAAAAAGUAAUUACUCGAAUGGUUUUGGCCGAUCAGGCUGCGACUCCGGUGAGUCUCGUGGACUCUGUAGCUUUAGAUGCAUUCGAAUGGAUUGACGGACGCACAGUGUUGAGCCAACACUUUCCCGGUCUUUCCUGGUCACAAUUUGUCGAUGCCUGUCUACUGAGCGGCACUGCGUUUACACUGACACUUCCACAAGUGGAUGGUCCCUUUCCCUUAAAACAAGCUGCACAACUCGUCACCCUGUACGGUUCGGCGUACCACGCUGUCCACCAUCUCACGAAAGCUGUGCAUACUCCUUUUCUCGAUGACUAUAUGCAUCAACUGAAACAAGCCAUCUGCAUUACGUGGUACUAUGUCUGCAUGGACAGCAACGGUGUUACUACGCCACGACCCGUGGACGGCGUCGUUCCUCACGACAUCCAUGAAUACAUUGGAACCCGCUUUCCCGCUGAAUUAUACUAUUAUGUAUCACAAAGCCUGAUACCAUGCAAAAUUAUUGGUGCCCUAGCGACCGGCUGUUUCAACGAUCCAGCCUCUGUCCUUGAACAACAUGGCGGCAAUAACUGGGCUAAUUCUCCUGCUGGUAGUUUGUCUCGCAACGAUUCCGCUGCGGCUGCUGUCGAUCAGCGAAGGUUUGUAGAUGAUAUUGAGGAGAUUUGGUCGCAAGCAUUAAACUUGCUGACCCAACCGUUGCACCGGUUUUACCAAGCCCGUGAUGUUGUUUCCCUGCACAAUGGCAACCAGCAGGCCUCUUUGAAGGUCAUGCAUCCCUAUGACCCACCCUUGUAUCAUGAUACGCGUUCUUGGAUGUUACAAGAAAGUGCUCUUCCUUCGGCCGCAAACUCCUUUGUUGAACAAAACAAACCAAUUCCAUUUUCUGUCAUUCUUGAGCCACUAAACAAUGCAACGUUUGUUGAAGAAAGCUUGCACAACAACAGUGGUAGUAGCAAUCACUCUUCACCAAUAAGUAAAAAGACAGCCAAAAAGGUUCUGCGUACCGCGCCCGAAAUCUUAGUCAAUGCACUAUACCGGUUUUUCCAAAUCCGAAACUUCAUCUCCACGAACCAUCAACUGACUUCUUGGGGUGCACCGUUGUUGAAAGCCCUGCAGUCAUGCGUACCUGAGUAUCAAGAAGCCAUGUUUGUUGCCUUCGAGAUGUUGCGGUUGAGACAAUUGCGAGAACCAAAAGCCGCUUCUGGCAAAAGCGCACCUGCAGACAGUGCUACUAUUGAUUUCUUGUCUAAGCUAGCCACAUUCCUUCCCUAUCGUCUGCAGCAGAAUGACCAGGCUGACAAUAUGACGUGUCCACUCUCACAUUUCCAUCUGCUUCAUGCGAGCUUUGCAUCUAAUUUGGGUGAAUUGUACGGCACUGUCACAGCCUCCAUGCUGUUAAACGGAAACAUCGACCGUUACUCUUUGCAACCCAAGGUGCUUCGUCAAUGCCAACCCUUUCGUUUGCCAAAUGGAUCGGUGACUUCUGGAAAUGUCAUUCAAUCCUACUUUACUACUUUUUGUAAUUCUGUUGCCGAAUGUGGAAGGGAAACUGCGAUUCAAAAGGCUCUUGCAUCUAUUGCCUCACAAUUUCCCAAUGGUGAACAACCUAUUCGACACAUUCAGAGCUUUUACUCUUUCUGGCAGAGCCUGCUACUUGGAAUUAAAGAAGCUGAAGGCUCUGGAGCCGUUGGUAAGCUUUUCCUCCAUAAACUUAUGGAUGUAGACACAUGGCUCACGGACAAAAUACCUUCUUUUUAAAACAACGUAUAUGAUGUUGUGAAAUUAUGAGACGUUCUGACUGGUGCAUUCUUUCUGUUUUUUUUUUCUCUUAUUCUAAAUUUUGAACUGCAAAUAUAUAAAUGACUAUAACUGUCUAUCUCAUUGUUCUGGUUCA